GCAGCGUGGGCGGGAAGAUGGCGCUGUACGGCGCGGCCGCCGCCGUGCUGGAGGGGCUGGAGCGCGGCGACGGCGGCAUCAAGACCUUGGUGUACAACAGCCGCUUCCCGCAUGUCCGGCAGCUGUACGCCCUGGUGUCCGAGACGCUCCGCUACUCCCCGGUGCUGGAGAAGGUGCUGGCGGGCGCCGCGCUGCUGCAGGCCGAGAAGAAGCUGUCCCCGCAGCUGGCGAAGGUGCUGGUGUACGAGCUGCUCUUCGGCAAGGGCCUGAAGUGCGGGGGGCGGUGGAAGGCGCUGGCCCGGCGGCACCGGGCGCGGCUGGAGGCCGAGCUGGCCCGCCUGAAGGUGCGGCAGAAGGUGACCCGCAACGAGGAUCUCCUGGCGCCGGCAGCGAGCCCCGGGGACUCGCAGGUACCGCGCUACGCCCGAGUCAACACCCUGAAGACUUGCAUGGACGAUGUGAUCGACUUCUUCAAGCGCCAGGGCUACUCCUACCUGGGCAAGGCAGCCAGCAUGGAGGAACUGAGGGCCCUGUCUGGGAAGAAAUUCUUGUUGGAUCUUCAUCUCCCGGAGCUGCUGGUUUUCCCUCCACAGACGGACUUCCAUGACAACCUGCUGUAUACUUCAGGACACAUAAUUCUGCAGGACAAGGCCAGCUGCCUCCCUGCCUUCCUCCUCGCCCCUGCUGCUGGCUCCCACGUCAUCGAUGCCUGCGCUGCCCCUGGGAAUAAGACCAGCCACCUGGCUGCCAUCCUGAAGAACAAGGGCCGGAUCUUUGCCUUUGACGUGGACACCAAGCGCCUGGCCACCAUGAACACCAUGCUGAUGCGGGCUGGGGUCACUGGCUUCCAGCUGGCCCAGCAAGACUUCCUGACCGUGGAUCCCAGCGACCCCAGGUACAGCAAGGUGACCUAUAUCCUCCUCGACCCAUCCUGCAGCGGCUCAGGGAUGGUGAACCGGGGUCCGAAGGAGGAGGCUGCUCCGAGCGCUGAGCGGCUGCAGGCGCUGGCUGGCUUCCAGCGCAGGGUCUUGCGCCACGCCCUGAGAUUCCCAGCUCUCCGGCGCCUGGUCUACUCCACCUGCUCGCUGCACCAGGAGGAGAAUGAGGAUGUGGUGCGUGCUGUGCUGCAGGAGCAGGGCACAGCCUUCAGGCUGGUGAAUGCCUUCCCUUCCUGGCCCUGCCGAGGACUCGCUACCUUCCCCGGGGCAGAGAGUUGCCUCCGUGCCUCUCCUGCAGACACGCUCACCCACGGCUUCUUUGUGGCUGUCCUGGAGCAGUGUGGGGAAGGGGCCGCUGCCCCCAGCUCCCUGCCUGCAGCAGCUGAGGAGAACCUGCAGCGCGGAGAGGCAACGGAGCCAGGAGCAGCUCCCAAGAAGAGAAAGAAGAAAAAGCAGUUGGUGAAGGCGUGAGAUAACAUUUUUAGGCCUGCACAGUGCCCAGCUGGGGCUGGCAGGGAACACUCCUCCGCUGCCACUGCUGCCUAAACAGCUUCUGAACACAAGUAAAGUUUUGUACCAGCUGCA